AAAAAAAGAGUAAAGCGAUGGAUAGGUACAUAAGAUGAGGUGAUAAUUGAAGAAAGAUUGGUAUAGAAGAGAAGAGGGUAAGGAGGUUAUGUAUUUAUAGAGUUUGUAUUAGUUGUUAUAUGGUGUGAUGAAUGAAAUUGAGGUGUUUACAGUGAAAGCAGUUAGUGAAACAGCGUGGUCUGGCGAGUGGCGAGUGGCGAGUGGCGAGAAACAAGAGCAAUUGGUUACAUGGAGAGUUGAAAGGUCCUAACCUAUAUAUGGAACAGAAUCGACCCUUUUCUCCAACACCUCACGCUCUUCUGCAUUUCUAAUUAAUCAUUGCAUUUCUGAGAGCAAAGCACAAUGGCAACGCUUAACGCCUCAUGCCCAGCACCCAUGAAGGCCACCUCCAACGGCGCCUUUCAACACGAGAACCCUCUCGACUAUGCACUUCCUCUUUUAAUUCUUCAGAUCUGCUUGGUCGUUACUUUUACCAGAUUCAUUGCAUUCCUUUGCACACCCCUUAGACAACCCAGAGUCAUUGCUGAGAUCAUCGGAGGAAUACUGCUUGGACCAUCUGCAAUCGGACGAAGCGAGAAGUUCCUAAACACAGUUUUCCCAAAGAAAAGCAUAACAGUUCUUGACACGAUAGCCAACAUUGGGCUAUUGUUCUUCUUGUUUCUAGUGGGUCUUGAGCUUGACAUGCGUGCCAUUCGUCGUACUGGUCAUAAGGCCUUAGGCAUUGCCCUUUCUGGGAUCACAGUGCCUUUUGUUCUUGGCAUUGGCACUUCUUUUGCUCUUAGAGCCACCGUGUCCAAAGGUGCUGAGCCAGUUCCCUUUCUUGUCUUCAUGGGUGUUGCUCUCUCAAUCACUGCCUUCCCUGUCCUUGCUAGGAUCCUGGCUGAGCUCAAACUCCUCACCACUGAUGUUGGUCGCUUAGCCAUGUCAGCUGCUGCUGUCAAUGAUGUUGCAGCUUGGAUUCUUCUUGCUCUUGCCAUAGCCCUUACUGGCUCCAACGCAUCCCCCUAUGUUCCAAUUUGGGUCUUGCUCUCGGGUGCUGCUUUUAUUCUCUUUGCUGUCUUUGCCAUCAGGCCCUUGCUAGUAGCUAUGGCUAACCGUUCCCCGGAGGGUGAGCCAGUGAAGGAGUUGUACAUAUGCAUCACAUUGACAAUAGUUUUGGCUUGUAGUUUUGCCACAGAUACUAUUGGAAUUCAUGCCCUCUUCGGGGCUUUUGUGGUGGGCACAAUUAUGCCCAAAGAGGGUUCCUUUUCCAGGGUCUUGAUUGAAAAGAUAGAAGACCUGGUUUCUGGCCUUUUCCUGCCACUUUACUUUGUGUCUAGCGGUUUGAAGACCAAUGUGACAACUAUUAAGGGAGGGCUUUCUUGGGCAAUGUUGGUGCUUGUUAUAUUCAAUGCUUGCUUUGGGAAGAUUAUUGGCACAAUCGUUGUGUCAUUGAUAUGCAAGAUACCUUCUAGAGAAGCACUGGCACUUGGAUUUCUCAUGAACACAAAGGGUUUGGUAGAGCUCAUUGUUCUCAACAUUGGGAAGGAUCGUAAGGUGUUGAAUGACCAAGCAUUUGCCAUUUGUGUUCUCAUGGCAUUGUUUACCACCUUCAUCACCACCCCAAUAGUGAUGGCUGUAUAUAAACCUGCUAGGAGAGGAGCACCUUACAAGCACAAAACAAUUCAGCGCAAAGCUCCUGACUCUGAGCUCAGAAUGCUAGCAUGCUUCCACACCAGCCGCAACAUUCCUACGUUGAUCAAUCUGAUAGAGUCUUCCCGAGGAAUUCGAAAGAGAGGAAAGCUUUGCAUAUAUGCCAUGCACUUGAUGGAACUUUCAGAGCGAUCUUCAGCAAUCACAAUGGUUCACAAGGCACGCAAGAAUGGCAUGCCCUUUUGGAACAAGAAAGAGGAUGACAAAGAUCAAAUGGUCAUUGCUUUUCAGACUUAUGAAAAACUGAGCAGUGUGAAUGUGCGUUCUAUGACAGCAAUCUCUGCUCUCAGUAGCAUCCAUGAGGAUAUAUGUACUAGUGCUCAUCAAAAGCGUGCAGCCAUGAUUAUUCUUCCAUUCCACAAACACCAACGUAUGGAUGGAUCAAUGGAGUCACUAGGACAUCAAUUCCAAGUGAUAAAUCAACUUGUGCUGAGCCAUGCUCCUUGCUCAGUGGGAAUUUUGGUUGAUCGGGGUUUUGGAGGGACAAGCCAAGUGCAAGCUAGUGACGUGUCUUAUAAGAUAGUUGUACCCUUCUUUGGAGGACGUGAUGAUCGUGAAGCACUUUGUUAUGGUAUGAGAAUGGCUGAGCACCCGGGGAUUUUGCUCAAUGUGGUGAAGUUUGUGCCUCCACCUGGGAAAUCAUUGGCCUUUGGUGCUAAAUUGGUUGGGGUGUCAUCAAACGAGGACAAGAAAGCAAUAGAUGUGGUUGGUGACAGUGUUGACGAUAAACAACAAGAUGAUCAAUUGUGGAGUGAGUUUUUAAAUGCAUGCAGCAACAACCAAGAGUCAAUGAAGCAUGUGCAAAAGCUAGUGGAAAGCAAAGGUGAUAUUGAGGCAGCACUACAGGAAAUGAAUAAGAGCAAUCUAAUAUUGGUUGGUAGAAUGCCCGCAAUACCACCUUUGGUUAGCAGAAGUGAUUGUCCAGAGCUUGGACCUGUUGGAAGCUACAUGGCUUCUUCAGGUUUCUCCAGUGUUACAUCAAUUAUGGUAAUUCAACAAUAUAAUCCCUCAACUGACAUUCAUCCGCUAGUGAUGGAGGAAUCUGAUUACCCAGAUAUGUCAAAUUAAAGCUUAAGAUGUGAAUUGGUUAUAACACAAACAAGAUGAAUCGGUGCAUAUAAUUUACCACUACUUUUGCCCAAAAAAAAUAUAGGCACAAAGUUCACACAAGCGUAUACCCUUUUAGAUGCAUGAUGCUUUUUACAAAAGUAAGAGUAGCAGAAUAAUUUAGGAGUCCUUGGUAGGGAUUUUUUUCUUUCUUUCAUGGGAAUCAUGAUUUUCGAAAGUUACAGACUUUUGGAAAUCAUGGUUUUGAAUGAUUACUUAGGGUUUAAAGAAAAUAAAGCGAGGUAAGAGAAAAGAAAGUGGAAGGAUGAUUUUUUGGGAUUAAUCUUAUGAAAUAUUUGUAAUUGUAUGACCAACUGUCAAUUGAAAUAAAUAGCUAAUUUAUCUCUUACAAAU